AUGGCGAUGCGGUGCCUGAGCUCCAAGACGACGACGCCGACGACGGCGUUCGCGGCGCGACGCCGACAAACGACGGCGAAACGACAACUCCGCGUGCGCGCGGGUGAGGGCGAGACGGACGGUAACGUCAAGUUUGCCAAUAAUAAACCCGAGUUUGAAGCCGUGAGCGCCGCGGCUGGGAGCGGGUUGGUGGCGGUGCAAAUCUCCACGAAGACGUGCGGGCCGUGCAAGAUGAUUUACCCAACCUUCGUCGGGCUUUCGCAAGAGUUACCAAAGGUGACGUUCGUGAAGAUCAUGGGCGACACUGAUUUGGAGUCGCGGGCUUUGAUGAAGGAGUGGGGCGUGCGUGUGGUGCCGCUGUUCCUGCUCUUCCGCAACGGCGAGCGCGUGGGCGAGUGGAGCGGCGCGAAGGCGGACAUUUUGAAAGAAAAUGUCCGCGCCGCGUGCAACGCGGACGAAAAGUAA